CCGGCCAUUGCGCGGUCGUGUUUUGGUCCUAGAAAGAUGGCUGACUCUUGUUUUCACGAUUCUUCGUAUAAUAUACGGUGGUUUGAAAUACAUUACGAAAGUUAACGUACUGUGCAUCAAAUAAUUUCAUUUAUUCGGCAAUAGGAUUGUGUUAUAUUAACAGACUGAAUUUUUUGCCCCUUAUAUUCUUCAGGUUUACGUCAAUUGCGACGUCUUAAGCGUGUCGGUCUUGUAAGUUUUAAUUUUAUAGUUUGUAAAUGAUUUUUAAUGUUUCAUCGAUUGUGUAUAUGAAGGAAAAGUGAAACUGAAGAACGUUGCCUAAUUGAAAAAAUGAAUUGUGAUUUAAUAAUCAAUUUUAUUUUUGGUUGUAUUAGCUGUUGAUCUAUUAGUAAUAACUAUUUGGUUAGGUUGGUGUGCUAGGUAAGCGACUUACUUAUGAUACCUGAACGUUUUAUUCCGUGUUCCUUUCGGUGGUUCACGUUAAAAAAUGCAGUGGAAUUAAAUUUUUGAACUAUCAAACGAGUUGAUGAUUCGUCAACAAAAUGGCAACAAGUGAUUUUGAUGUGGAGCUCUUUGAGCGAAGACUUCAUACAUUAAAGGAUUCACAAGAAUCUAUACAAGGUCUUUCAGCAUGGUGUCUUGAAAGACGACAACAUCAUAAGAAGAUUGUUGCUACUUGGUUACAAGUUUUAAAGAAGGUAAAAGUGGAACAUCGUCUUACGCUCUUUUACUUGGCUAAUGAUGUUAUUCAAUACUCCAAGAGAAAAAAUUUUGAAUUUGUGGAAUCUUGGGGUACUACAUUACAACGUGCUACCACAAUGGUCAGGGAUGAAAAAGUCAAACAUCGUAUAUUGCGAAUAUUUAAGAUCUGGGAUCAGAGACAAGUAUACGAUGAGGAGUUUCUUGCUGAUUUAUCUGGUUUAAUAUCAGCUGCUCCAAAGAAAAAAGUAGAACCACAACCUGCUGCAGCACCAGAAGAGUUUCAAGCCGCAUUAUUGAUUUCUACUAUGAGAUCAUGUGCAACUCUAGAACAAGCAACAGAUGCCAGGUUACGUGACUUAAGAGACAGUAAUAUAGAUAUAGAAAAUGCAGAAGAGCUUUGUGCAUCCUUGAAGGAUCGAAGACGUGUUGAAGAUGCUGAGAAAGAAGUUGAUUUGGCAGUAAGAAAUGUUGAAAAUUAUGUACGUGCAUUAGAAGCUGAAAUUAGAGAAAGAACUCAAGUUCUUGAAUUACUUGAACAAGCGGAUCAGUUUUAUGAGACUCAACGUGGUGAAGUUAAAAUAGUAACAAAUGCAUAUCGCAACUUUGGGAGUCGGGUGAAAAACUUGAAAAAGAAAUUGGAUGAAUUAUUACCAACAUUGGUCUCUCCUAUUCCAUCACCCGAUGUGAAUGCUCCAUCUCCAAGUCCUGAUAGCGAUAUAGAGCUACCAGGGGAUGAAAAUCAAGCUACAAAUCAGUCUGCAAUUAUAGAAGUAGCACCUCCAUCUAUUUAUGGUUCAUACACUCAUGAUUAUGACCCUGUCCCUGUUCCUGCUCCGGAGUUAACACAGGGACAUGAAUCUGGAGACUUUACUAAUAAUUUUUCAUCGUUUAUGGGAGGGAAUGUAGAUUUUGGUAAUAUGAGAAAUUUGUUUAAUGAAAGAUCUACAACACCUACUAUGAUGACACAACAGUAUAGUGAUUCAUUAGAGCCAAAGCCAAUAGAAGUGAUCAAUAUGAGGCCCUCCAAAAGUGAAAACAAUGAAGAUUUCAAUAUAUCUAGUUUUUUGAAAACUGUCCUUCCUUCAUCAGAGGGCACACAAGAUCCUGGUGGUAUACCAGGUCUAGGUUUAGAUAUUUCUGAUCCUCAAGUGGGAUCUCCCCAGCGUCCUAAUUAUAGACAUUCACCUGCAUUAGGGCAGCUUCCUGUGACUCCUACGCUCUCACGAAUGAUGAGUGCUCAGGGUUCAUCUCUCGGCACUUUAAAUAAUUGUCCAAUGAACCACAGCACUCCUAUUUCCGUUCGUAACUUACCUACCGAAUCACACACUCCUUCUCCAUAUUCCAGUCAAAAUAGUCAAAGUAAUAUCACUGUGCCGUUUGAUGGUUCUACUAAUGCGAAUGUAGUAAAUCCUUUACCUCCUCCACCUCUCCCACCACCUAUUUUUCUCGACGACGAAAACUGCUACAAUAAGCUGCCACCUAAAUUUCCUACAUGGACUUCUUCAACUGAAAUCAAAGAACCAGCAAAAUGGGAAGAAAAGGGUAAAAAUAGUAUGAAUCCAUCUUGGCCUGGUGAAAAUGACGAAAAAAAUAAGACUUCAUGGAUAGAUGGUGCUAGUGACAGAUGGGAGUCCAGUAAUGACUCUGUUUGGCCUAAUAAUAUAAGAGGGAAAAGUGAAAUUCUUUCUGAGACUCCAGAAUCACCACCAAUGUAUGAAAAAACUGGUUUUGCCGAUCCUGUUGAGUACAAUGAUUCACAACCUCAAGAACCUCUUCUUAGUAGUGCUGGAGAUGUAGAUCAUAGGGUGAUACCAAUACCAUUAACAUCUGAGAAUCAAUUACCAUACAGUCUAAUAAAGGCAGCAGAUGUUGAUCAUCGCAAUUUGAUAAGUCUCACAGGAAGUCCUGCAAAUCAUAAUACCAUUAAUGAUACCACCUUGAAUGUAUUACCAAAUAAUAAUACCUUAUGGUCCACAAGUGACCAGGAUUAUCGACAACACAUGCAGCCUGGCGAUAUUGUGGAGAGCGUUGAUAUGGAAAUGUCGGACGACGAAGCGGAUAAUAAACCGAAAGGAAGAAUAUUAGUUGAUGUUCGAUCUCAAGAUCGUGAUAUGAGAGCAAUGAAUCCAGCGCAAUCUGGGCAGACUCAACAUUUAGAUAUGGACAUGCGUAUGAUACCACUACCUUCUUCUCAAAUGUCAGUACCACGAGGUCAAAUGCUGCAAGACGUUCAUGUUAUUCACCCUGGGCCGCCUCCACCACCGCCACCACCGCAGUUUCAUCAACCUCAAAACAACUUUCAUCAAACUCAAGGAGAGUUUCAUCAUAAUGCGCCAGUGGACUUUCAUCCGAAUCAAGCGAAUUUCCAUCAAAAUCGACCACCUCCAAAUUUUCUUCAGAAUCAGCAAGAAUUUCUUCCAGGGCAGCAAGGUUUUCACGAGGUUCAUCAACAGGCUCAGCAAGAAUUUGAAUAUCAUGACAAUCAACAUAACAUUAGAUCGAAUCAAGAUUUCCACGGAGAAUCACAAUUGCGCAACAGGUAUCAACCAACGGACCAUCAACAUCGCGAUGCUCCAAAUUUUCAUAGAAAUGAAAGGAGUGGCCGCGGUGGUCGAGGGUUUCCAAGGAAUCGACGAGAAAGAUAUUCCGAUGAUCAUAAUCAUAAGCAGCGUACUCCCACAGGUAUCCGAAAAUCGAGGUCUCAGGAACAACAGCAGCAACAGCAACAACCGCAACAACCGCAACAACUACAACAACCACAACAACCGCAACAACCACAGCAACCGCAGCAACCGCAACAACCGCAACAACCGCAGCAACCGCAACAACAACAACAGCAGCAGCAGCAACAACAGCAGCAGCAGCAGCAGCAGCAACAACAACAACCACAACAACAACAGCAACAACAACAACAACAGCAACAACAACAACAACAACGCUCGUCGCCAGAAAUUCUUCCAAAUAGUCGUCCUUUGUUAUUACAACCACCUGAAACGGUCGUUAUUCUUGAUGACGAAGGCAUGCCCAUAGCUAUGCCUGAUUUUGAACAAGGUGAGACACCAGCAGGUAUGCAAGUUCUUCAAAAUUCAUCGCAAGAGAAAAUCUGUUCAUUAUCAAUCGAAGAUCACAGAACGCAGCAGGAUUUAUCGAGUUCACGUAACUCCGAACACAGUUCUUCCGGUUAUCCUGCUGGAUUAGAUCACGCAUUGACGAACGAAGAGUUGAUCAAAGGUGACUCCGAUAAUAAUCAGGAACAAUCACCUCAAGAAUCUGCAAUCUCGUCGGAAGAAACAAAGAAUCCUCGCGAUGAUCAGUACACCUCCGUGUCGGAAUAUACGGAACACGUAAAUUCAGAAUCUAGUCUGACGGAGAAAAGAAUCGGCGAUAACAAUUCCUCAUUGGAAAAUCAAGCUCAAGAAGAUUUUACGGACGCGCCUCAGCUGUCAGAACAGUUAGAGGUUUUGAUUGGAUCUAAUGCAACAUCCUCGAAUGAUCUGAAGAGACCGUCGACGAAUGGUGAUUUUGAUGAGCAACAAGACGAUGUGAUUUGCAGCAAAAGAGUCAUUUUAUCGAACGGUCCGCAACAAACGGUUGCUACAGAUGCCGGUUCGAACGAUCCCGGAUCGUGCGGUACAUCGACAGACGUUCAUCCUGCUACAGGAUACGAGUACGAUGUGCACAGUAACAGUCCGAACUUUCGACCUCGAGUUGGAGGACCGGCAAUCUUCUCACCUUGGAGAAACGGUCCUCCUCGCGGUAGGAGUGGUUUUCGGGGUGGCCCUAGAGCUCCCUGGAUGGAUAGAGGUCCACGUGGACCGUCUUCCGGGAAUUUUGUUCCGAGGGGACCAAAACGGGGUGGACAAUUUCGGGGAGGUGGUUUUCGUGGUAGAGGGAGAAGUGGUAACUGGUAAAUAGAAACAGAGGAAGAUCUUAUUGUCGAGAGCAUUAGAAUUUAAUCAGCGAGAUCAAUCAGCAUCAUAACAUCAGCACUUUAAUGAUAUUAUGUGUAUAUAUAUAUAUUUAUAUACAUAUACACAUAUAUCAUAUAUACAUAUAUACAUGUGUAUAAACAUAUAUAUAUAUAUACAUAUAUACAUAUAUAUAUAUGUAUAUACACAUGUAUAUAUAUAUUAUAAUAUGUAUUAUUAAUAAUCACGUUGGAAUACAUUCAUUAUUGCAAAUUGAGGCAACAAAAGUGAUACGUACGAUGAUACAGAUAUCUUUUCUGAGGAAGUUUCAGGGGGAUUGUACGUGUGAUUAAUUCACUUAUAAAUAUAUAUAUAUAUAUAUAUAUAUAU